CCCAUACUGUGCACAAAACCAACAAAGGAAGUGUCAGAUGCUGAAACCCCUCUAUCUUACACUAAAAUGCGCACCUCUGCGACGCCGCAGAAACGGCCAUCCGACGCCGCAUCGGCAGCGGAAGCAGCGGAGCGACGUCUAAGGGAGGCUGAACAGCGCCUGAAGGAGGCCAUAGAGGAGUUACAGCGCCGGCAGAGGGGUUCACCGGAAAAUCUCCAUCCUCCGUGCGAUCACGCCGAAGAGUCCUGCGUUGCCAAUGCCGUCGGAAACCUAUGUCAGAGCUUUCUGCUUUCUUACGGUAUUCGCGUUGGCAUCGGAAUUCUCCUCCGCGCCUUUAAGCUUGCUCGCCUCAAGUCCUAUUCCUCUCUCCUUGAUAUCAAGCAACUUGUAUCAGAGAAGGACCUUAUAGUAAGAGAGGAAGCAUGCCGAAUUGGUUUGCUUUUCGGGGGAUUCACUGGUUCUUACCAUGCUUUGAGGUGUUUGUUGAGAAAGUUGAGAAAGAAAGAGACUCCAGUAAAUGCGAUUUUAGCUGGUGCAAUCUCAGGCUUAUCUAUUUUAGCAUUAGAUGAUCCCAGCCGAAGGCGCACACUGGCUUUGUAUCUUUUGGCUAGGGUUGCUCAGUGUGCAUAUAACUCUGCUAAAUCCAAAAACAAAUUCCACCUCUGGGGAAGUCAUUGGAGUCAUGGGGAUACUCUACUCUUUGCAAUAGCUUGUGCACAGGUUAUGUAUUCUUUUGUUAUGCGCCCUGAGAGCUUGCCAAAAUCAUAUCAAGAUUUCAUUCAGAAAACUGGGCCAGUCGCUGCACCUGUGUAUAAAGCUGUGAGGGAUUGCUGUAGAGGUUCUCCAGUAGAUGUCGCCUCACUCUCUGCUUACUUGUCCAAGAGCAGGGGAUCCAACACUGUGAAGUUGGAAGAGUUUCCUGAUAUUAUUCCAUGUUCUAUUAUUCACCCUGAAACAAACUCAUGCUUAGUUCACAAUGCAAAUGCCGCGACGGCUACCUUCAGGAAAACAUUUCCUCUGUACUUCUCUUUGACAUUUGUUCCGUUCGUUGUUCUGCGUCUGCAAAAGUUCAUGGAUGCUCCAGUUCGCACCUGUUGGCAUGCUGUUACAGGCGCUGUUCGUUCAACUACAUUCUUGUCUGCUUUUGUGGGUAUCUUUCAGGGAGUAAUAUGUUUGCACAGGAAAGUGGCAGUGAAUGACCACAAGCUUGUAUAUUGGAUUGCAGGAGGGAUAUCUGCCCUCUCUGUACUGUUGGAGAAGAAAGCCAGACGUGGGGAAUUGGCCUUAUAUGUUCUUCCACGAGCUGGAGAUUCUUUAUGGUAUAUUUUGGUGAAUCGCCAUUUGCUUCCAGAUAUCAAGAAUGCUGAGGUGGCAUUGUUCUGCGCAUGUAUGGGUGGAGUCAUGUAUUACUUAGAACACGAACCCGAUACUAUGGCUCCAUUCCUCAGGGGCCUUAUUCGUCGUUUCCUUGCCAGCAGAAUUAGCAAUCCAGGCCCUUCAUCAAAUCGAACUGCUUCUUACACGUAUCUACAAACUCUGGAUGCCAUGAAAAAGCCGCAGGUGCAGGACAACCGAGAGAAUGAAACUUCAUCGUCUGAAAAAUACAAUCUUGAAUCAAUACCUGGACUCUGAGCAUCUUUUUUCCAUUGCUCAGCCAAGGUACCGUUGGACUUCAUUAUGUUCAUUUAUUUUAGAUUUGUUUUCCAGGCAAAUGAGAUCAGUCCAUGCUGUGAUAACCAGAGGAAGACUCGAUGGUAUUUUUGUUCCUUCUCUUACAACAUUGCUCAUCAAUGAAUAUCAGCCUCUUCUUAGAAUUAUUGAAGAUUGUUUCCCAGAUUGUUAUUCCUAUAGCUAAAGCUGAAGGAAAAGUCAGGAUAGGCAUAUGGCAUGUAAAUAAUUGCAAUUCUCAUAUCUUGUUAAAAUUUGAACUCUUUCAGUAGAUUGAGAGAGAUCUUAACUGACUUUAAAUCAAAGUGUUUGAGGCAGGCUAUAGAGGUAAUUUAUUCA